AGUGGGCUGUGUGUGUGUGUGUCUGUCUGUCGGUCGGUCUGUCUAUCUGUCGGUCGAGCGGCCGGAGCUCCCGUGGGAAUGAUGUUGUGGUCAACCUCAACCUUCCGUUGGCUCAGCAAGCGAGCGCUUCCCUGCUUGGACACACGGCCUCCCGCGUGCGCCGGGCGGCUCAUGGUGUCUUCAGAUAGUGGUGCUGAGUCAUUACAAGAGAGACAAAAACGAUUGAUGACUCGGGGACUUCCAAAGCUAAAAGCGAUUCAAGGUGUGAAACAAGUUAUCGUUGUAGCCUCAGGAAAAGGGGGUGUUGGAAAAUCAACUACUGCAGUGAAUUUGGCUCUGGGAAUAGCAGCUAAUGAUUCGUCUAAGACAGUGGGGUUACUAGAUGCAGAUGUGUACGGUCCAUCCAUUCCCCAGAUGAUGAACUUGAAAGGAAAUCCAGAAAUAACAGAGAAGAACUUGAUGAGGCCGCUGGUGAACUUUGGCAUUGUCUGCAUGUCAAUGGGUUUCCUGGUAGAAGACACGGUGCCAAUCAUCUGGAGAGGUCUCAUGGUGAUGUCAGCAAUAGAGAGGUUGAUAAGACAGGUUGACUGGGGUAAACUGGAUUAUCUUGUGAUUGACAUGCCUCCUGGCACAGGAGAUGUACAGCUCUCUAUCUCUCAAAACAUCCCUAUUUCGGGAGCAGUAAUAGUUUCUACUCCCCAGGACAUUGCCUUGUUGGACGCUUGGAGAGGAGCAGAAAUGUUUCGAAAGGUUAAUGUACCUAUCCUUGGAAUUAUCCAGAAUAUGAGUGUCUUCCAGUGUCCAAACUGCAAACAUGAGACUCACAUCUUUGGGGCUGAUGGAGCCAAAGACCUGGCAACAAAACUUGGACUGGCUGUACUAGGUGAUAUCCCAUUACAUAUAAAUAUAAGAAAAACAUCAGAUAACGGUCAACCAGUUGUGGUAUCGCAACCGGACAGCCCCGAGGCCAACGCUUACCUAAGUGUUGCUGCUGCAGUGGUAAAGAGACUGCAAAAUCCUUUUCCAUGAGCAGUGGAGAUUCCAGUCUGUGGCAUCCAAGAAGCCCUUGCAAGUUCUUUUGUGUAUAACAAACAGGUUAAAGACUUGCUGUGAAUCCUGUUGUGAAGACAGCUGCUGGACCAGAUAUGAACAAAUCAAUAUUUAUGUGAACAUGCACUGACUAUAGAAAUCCAAUAAUGCAACAUUAUUGUAACAAUAGUAUUUUUAUCUAUUAGUAAUAAUACAAGUGACCUUUGCAUUCAGAAUAUUUUUGUUUUAAUGAGUGAUAAGCAACCACUGACAAAGUUACAGAGUCUGGUGUAUAUUACUUUAAAUCUAAACUUUUUGGAAUAAAAUUGAUUUCUGUUGAUAUCCUGAGAGGCAAGUUUUUUGUAUCAGUUGUAGAUUAUUUCUUAAUUUAAAACCUGCAGUAAUGAAGUUUCAAUCCUUUUGGUGUCAUCUCUGGUUAAUGCAUGGAUUUCAGUGACUGCUGCUAUCAGUGUAAAACAUAGAUCCCAAACUGAAUUAACUAUGCCAUCUCCACAAUAAUAUGAACCUUAUAAAGUACCUGAAACCUUUUCUGGCUUUUGACAGCAAACACUCAGAUUUCGGACCUCACCAUGUGGCCUUCACUUCCUGCACUGUAUAGUACAAGAGGCCCCUUUUUAGCUGUCAACAUUCAUGUUUAUUUCUGUUGGGGGUUUUAGCACAUUUAAACUAUGUACCAUCUGUUGCCUAUUCCCCAAGACCGUUUCUGUUUUUGAAAUUGUUUUAUAUAAAACAGAUCUUAAUGGUUGCAACAAGUUGCAGAACAUACUUUUGCUUCAAAUGGGCAAUUGUUUUAACUAAACUUCUACCACCUCAUAUGGGAAUGUGAGCCAUUAUGCUCAGUGCUUUUAGAAAAGGGUGAAGAUCAUCAAUGAUCAACUGUUGUUGGAGGAAGAAAGUGGAAUCCAAAAAAAUAAAGCAGCAUAUGCAUAUGAGGUGAUGUGGUGUUUCUCUCAAUUCUUUUCUCUCCCCCCACCGUCUUCAAUUACAAUCUACAAUGUAGAGCAACAAAAGAUAUGCUAGGCAAGAGUUUUGAAGUGAGGAGAGAGUGGUCAGCUCCAAAGGCAAUUCAUGCUUUUUUAAUGGACCUUUGGAUUCAAUUAUUGGAGAGUCAUGAGCAGGAAAGGUGAACUUGCAUAGCACAGGAAAACCAUGUGAUUAUGGAUUGAAAUUUCAUUGAAUGGGUUUCAUUCUACUACUAGACUUGUGUUGAAACGGCCCAAGCUCUCUGCGUUCAGGACCCUUACAAUCAACAGAAUAAUGGCUUACAUUCCCAGAGUCCAUUGAGUUUUAACUAUGUGUGCCCCAGAAAUGAAAUUCAAUGUUCUGAACUGCCACCAAGUACACCAAAUCUACUUUUAUCAAGAACUACGUAAGUAGAAUAUUGUAUAUUUGAUAUAAAUUGAUGAAUACAUACAUUUUUGUUAUGCACAGGAGCUGCACUAAGUAAUUUGUAAGUCAGUUAUAUAAUAUGUUUGGAGUCCUGAGGAUGCAUUUGAUUGGAAAAGAGGGAGAAAUGUUAUCACUGCAACAAAAAUGGACUGAGCUCAAGGCAGUGCUUCAUCAUUUCUCACUUAUUGGAACAUCCACCUAAGGUGACACAGUUUUUAGUUCAUACUUUUGAGUGCCAGAAACGCAUUAAUAUCUAAUGCAAGUAUAUUUAUCAUUACUUUUUACAAUCUCAAUAACUUCAGGUGGAUCAAAAUACGUGUUGGGCCUGCUACUGAGAAUUGAUGUUCUCAGUAAGUCAUAUACUUCUGUUUCUUUGAAGACUGUUCAAAGUGGUAUUUUAAACCUUGUCUUUCACUUUGACAGUAGGCUGUUAACUUUGCAAUUUUGUUGUUUGAUUAUUGUUGCGUAUUUAUGGUUAUUCUUUGUGUGUCCAGUGGAGAUAUAUUCUUUGCGCUCAGUGAUUUAUUUUUUGCACAAUUUUUUUUGCAUUCUUUUUAUUUUAUUUUCUACUUUUUGAACCGUUGCACAUGGUAGGUACAUCAAUGCAUUGUAUCUCACUCGGGAGCCACCUACUCCUCUAAAAUACCCUGAUUUAUAAAUAAAAUAAACGUUUUUUUAUAUUCAGA